GGCAGAAUGCUUGUCCAGGUGUGCCUCUACUUCUACUGCAAAUGCUUGUGGCGCUGCCUGAAAUUUGUGGUGAGGAAACUGACAGGACGGUGUGAACUGCAAAGGAUCUGCUACAAUAUCAAACCUGGAGCUGCCAGAACUAUGAAAAUUGAAACAUCAUUGAGGAAUUCGAAAAAUAAGUUGCUCCAAAAUUCAGUAAGUGUUCAUCCAGAUGCUAUUGAAAAAACUAUAGACGCCAUCAUGGAACUGAAAAAGAUUAACCCGGAUGUAAACCCACAGCUAGGUGUGUCUUUGCAGGCCUGCCUCCUACAGAUCGUAGGGUACAGAAAUUUGAUCGCUGAGGUUGAAAAACUACGUAGAGAGCCCUAUGAUUCUGAGGAUUCCCAGCAUGAAGAAAUGCUUCUGAAGCUAUGGAAAUCACUGAAACCCAAUUCCCCAUUGGAAGCUCGGAUAUCCAAGCAGUGGUGUGAAAUUGGUUUCCAGGGUGAUGAUCCUAAAACAGACUUCAGAGGAAUGGGCCUCCUGGGGUUAUAUAACUUGUUAUAUUUUGCUGAACGUGACGCUGCCGCAGCUCAGCAGAUUCUCUCUGACUCCCUUCAACCAAAAUACAGGGAAGUCACUAAAGAGGAGUUAAGCAAAUUCAGCAAGGCAGAAUGGGAGAAGAAAAAGUAUGAUAAAGCCAUUGGAUACUCUUUUGCUAUUGUUGGCAUUAACAUAACAGACCUUGCAUAUAACCUGCUUAUUAGCGGUGCUCUGAAGACACACUUCUACAACGUCGCCCCAGAAGCACCAACAUUAUCCCAUUUCCAGCAGACCUUCUGCUAUUUGAUGCACGAAUUUCAUAAAUUUUGGAUUGAAGAGGAUCCCCUGGACAUCAUGGAAUUUAACCGUGUGCGAGAGAAGUUCCACAAGCAAAUCCUCAAACAGCUCCAGAAUCCAGAUAUGGCCCUGUGCCCACACUUCGCUGCCUCAGAAAACCUGAUCAACCUGUAA